AUGGGUCAGCGAAUCGCCAGGGGUCAGCGAAUCACCAGCCGCCAGAGGGUCAGCGAUUCAGCGCGAUCGCCAGGGGGUCAGCGAAUUGCCAGAGGGUCAGCGAAUCGCAGGGGUCAGCGGCAAAGGGUCAGCGAAUUGUCAGCGAGAGGGUCAGCGAAUCGCCAGGGGUCAGCGAGCAGGGGUCAGCGAAUCGCCAGAGGGUCAGCGAAUCGCCAUGGGGUCAGCGAAUUGCCAGAGGGUCAGCGAAUCGCCAUGGGGUCAGCGAAUUGCCAGAGGGUCAGCGAAUCGCCAGGGGGUCAGCGAAUUGCAUCGCCAGGGGUCAGCGAAUUGCCAGAGGGUCAGCGAUUCAGCGAAAGCGAAUUGCUCGAAUCGCCAGGGUCAGCGAAUUGCAGAGGGUCAGCGAGGAGUCAGCGAAUUGUAGAGGGUCAGCGAAUCGCCAGCGAAUUGCCAGAUGGUCAGCGAUCCACCAGGGGUCAGCGAAUCGCCAGAGGGUCAGCCACAGGGGGUCAGCAAGAGGGUCAGCGAAUCACCAUGGGGUCAGCGAAUUGCCAGAGGGUCAGCGAAUCGCCAGGGGGUCAGCGAAUUGGUAGAGGUCCAGCGAAUCGCCAGAGGGUCAGCGAAUUGCAGAUGGUCAGCGAUCCACCAGGGGUCAGGAAUCGCAGAGGAGCGGCAUCGCCAGCAGCGAUCACCAGGGGGUCAGAGGUCAGCGAAUCGCCAGAGGGGUCGCCAGCGAAUCAGCGGGGUCAGCGAAUCGCCAGAGGGUCAGGAAAUUGCCAGAUGGUCAGCGAUCCACCAGGGGGUCAGCGAAUUGCCAGAGGGUCAGCGAAUCGCCAGGGGCGCGAAUUCGCCAGCGAAUUGCCAGAGGGUCAGCGAAUCCCAGAGGGUCAGCGAAUGCCAGAGGGUCACGAAUCGCCAGGGGUCAGCGAAUUGCUAGAGGGUCAGCGAAUCGUCAGGGGGGUCAGCGAAUCGCCAGAGGGUCAGCGAAUCGCCAGGGGGUCAGCGAAUUGCAGAGGGUCGCGAAUGCCAGAGGUAGUGCCAUGGGGGAAUCGCCAGAGGUCAGCGAAUCGCCAUGGGGUCAGCGAAUCAGCGAAUCGCCAGGGUCAGCGAAUCGCCGAGGGUCAGCGAAUCGCCAGGGGUCAGCGAAUUGCAGAGGGUCAGCGAAAUCGCCAGGGUCAGCGAAUUGCCAGAGGGCGAAUCGCUGGGGUCAGCGAAUCGCCAGGGUCAGCGAAUCGGAGGGUCAGCGAAUCGCCAGGUCAGCGAAUCCAGAGGUCAGCGAAUCGCCUGGGGGUCAGCGAAUUGCCAGUAGAGGGUCAGCGAGUCAGCGAAUCGCCAGGGGUCAGCGAAUUGCGCGAGGGUCAGCGAAUUGCAUUCAGCGAAUCGCCAGAGGGUCAGCGAAUUGCCAGAGGGUCAGGGGUCAGCGAAGGGGGUCAGCGAUUCAGCGCCAGGGUCAGCGAUCGCCAGGGGGUCGCGAGGGUCAGCGGAAGACGGGGUCAAUCCAGAGGGUCAGCGAUUCACCGAGGGUCAGCGAAUCGCCAGGGGGUCAGCGAAGUGCAGAGGGUCAACGAAUCGCCAGAGGGUCAGCGAAUGCCAGAGGGUCAGCGAAUCGCCAGAGGUCAGUCCAGCAGCAAUCGCCAUGGUGUCAGCGAAUCGCCAGGGUCAGCGAUUCACCAGGGGGUCGCGAAUGCCAGAGGGGACAGCGAUUCACCAGGGGUCAGCGAAUCGCAGAGGUCAUUGCCAGAGGGUCAGCGAUUCACAGGGGUCAGCGAAUCGCCAGGGGUCAAUUGCCAGAGGGUUCAGCGAUUCAGCGAGGGGGUCAGCGAAUCGCAGAGGGUCAGCGAUUCACCAGAGCGAAUCGCCAGGGGGUCAGCGGCCAGAGUGUCAGCGAUUCACCAGAGGGUCAGCGAAUCGCCAGAGGUCUGCGAGAGGGGUCACGAAUUGCCAGAGGGUCAGCGAAUUGCCAGAGGUCAGCGAAUCGCGAGUCAGCGUAUCGCCAGGGUCAGCCAGGGGGUCAGCGAAUCGCCAGAGGGUCUGCGAAUCGCCAGGGGUCAGCGAAUUGCCAGAGGGUCAGCGAAUCGCCAGGGGGUCAGCGAAUUGCCAGAGGGUCAGCGAAUCGCCAGGGGGUCAGCGAAUUGCCAGAGAAUCGCCAGGUCAGCGAGCCAGAGGGUCAGCGAAUCGCCAGGGGGUCAGCGAAUUGCAGGUCAGCGGUUCGCCAGAGGGUCAGCAAUUCACCAGGGGGUUAGCGAAUCGCCAGGGGGUCAGCGAAUUGCCAGAGGGUCAGCGAUUCACCAGGGGGUUAGCGAAUCGCCAGGGGGUCAGCGAAUUGCCAGAGGGUCAGCGAUUCACCAGGGGUUAGCGAAUCGCAGGUCAGCGAAUUGCCAGAGGGUCAGCGAUUCACCAGAGGGUCAGCGAAUCGCCAGAGGGUCAGCGAAUCGCCAGAGGGUCAGCGAAUUGCCAGAUGGUCAGCGAUCCACCAGGGGGUCAGCGAAUCGCCAGAGGGUCAGCGAAUCGCCAGGGGUCAAUAUAUAG